AUGAUUGCCAGAACUGCUCCUAAAUCGCUAACCAGAUUCUUCUCGCUUUCACGCCACCUUUGCACGGCCACCGGAACUCAAUCACAGAAGCUCGAAAGAAUCGCCGACGAGAUCCUCAGCCUUACAAAACUCGAGAGGAAUGAUUACGCAGUCCUCCUACGUUACAAGAUGGGUUACAAUAACUACGGCCCGGCGGUGACCGGCAUUGGUUCGCCAUCAUCCGCCGGCGCUGCCUCUGCCGGACCAGGAUCCGAUGCCAAAGCCGCCGAGAAGGUUGUUUUUGAUGUGAAGUUAGAGAAAUAUGAUGCAGCUUCGAAGAUCAAAAUCAUUAAGGAAGUUAGGUCUUUUACUGAUUUAGGAUUGAAAGAAGCGAAAGAUUUGGUGGAAAAAGUACCAGUGGUGGUGAAGAAAGGAAUCACCAAGGACGACGCUGAAGCAAUCAUGGCGAAGCUCAAGGAUUUGGGCGCUACUGUGGUAUUGGAAUAA